UAUAUAUACGACCAAUGAGUGCCAUUAAAUUAUUAUUGGACACUCUGUUUUAAUAGCGCAGAAUUUUAUUGUAAGAUUACUUGGAGACAUUUUUGGUCAGCAAAUAUGUCGGAAAACAACUAUGACUUUUCGAAAGUAAAGAUUUUAGUUAACUCUUUUGAAAUUUAAACUCUCAUUUUUUGAAAUAAAGGACGGUAUUCCAUAGUCCGUUCUUAUAUUUAAGACUGUCUUAAGCACAAAGUCUUUUAAGAUGCCUUUCUCUUCUUAAACAUGUCUACAAAACUAGUCAGAUUUAUAAUCAAAUCUUGAUGGCCUUAUUUGAAUCAAAUAAGAUUGUGUUUAUUAGAAAGGUGCUGGCAGUGAACACAAAAGUAAACAACAGAUUAACCUAUAAAAUGGAGAGAAAUGAUCAGAAAAUAUUUUUGAUUGCAACAUAUAUAAAUUUAAUAGCUGAAUCUGAUGAAUCAUCAAACGAUGAUUCAGAUUCGGCAGAAGUAUUAAAUUUAUUAGUGAAAAAUAAUGUAAAACGUGUACCUAAAGUACGGUGCCAAAAUUAUGUUAAAAAUGUAGUGUGGCAUUAUACUGGCAAUGCUUUUAAAAGCCAUUUUCGCCUUAGUCGACCAACAUUUACUUUUUUAUUGGAGCUGUUAACUCCGCAAUUAUUGAAACAGUCUGAAGGAUGUGGGAGGCAUACUAUUCCACCAGAGAAGACAUUACUCUUGGCAAUAUGGAUGAUGGCAACUCCCAAUUCGUAUAGAUGUGUUGCUGAUCGAUUCAAUGUCGGAAAAGCAACGGCUUGGAGAUGUGUUCACAAAGUUGUGAAUGCAUUAUAUUCACAUCUUCAUACAUUCAUUACAUGGCCAGACAGAGCAAGAGCAGAAAAUAUUUGGACACAUGUUAAAAACAAAUACAAAUUUCCAAAAGUGAUAGGAGCGAUAGACGGUACUCAUAAAAUUGCAGCACCGAAAUUACAUCCAGAAGCUUACAUAAAUAGAAAAGGCUAUCACUCUAUACAGACACAGAUAAUAUGUGAUAAUGAAUUAAAAAUCACUCAUGUUUAUGCAGGACAAGUAGGGUCAGUGCAUGACAUGAGAGUUUUUAGAUUAUCUGGCUUUGAAGACAUGUGUACCGCAGAAAACUUCCCAGAGAAUAGCCAUUUAUUAGGUGAUGCCGCAUAUGGCAUCCAAAAAUAUAUAAUGGUUCCGUUUAAAGAUAAUGGACAUUUAACAGAUGCACAAGUAAAAUAUAAUACUUGUGUGUCUGAAGCGAGAAUGAUGGUAGAAAGAACAAUAGGCUUGUUAAAAGGAAGAUUUCGAAGUCUUUUGGAUAUAUUACCUAUGAGAAGAACUGAUUUGAUACCUAAAUAUAUUUGUGCUUGUUGUGUUUUACAUAAUAUUUGCUUAAUACGAAAUGAUUACAUUGAUGAUAUUCCAAUUAUUGUACAGUCAAAUGAACCUGUACAAUAUGAAAUCGAAAAUAUACCUCAAAUUAUACGAGAAGAAGGUAUUGAGAAACGUAACGCUAUUGUAUAUUAUUUGCAAAAUGAAAAUUAUUUUGAAUAA